AAAAAAAAAAAAAAAAAUUGUGAAGUUUUUAAUAAAAAAAAAAAAAAAUAUCUGUUUUGUUAAUUUAAAAAUAAUGGCGGCUACACGUAUGCCAUUUGAAACAUCACAGUUUGCUAGUGAAUCUGUUGCAACUCCUCAAAAUGUCACCAGUGCUAAUACGGCAACGAGUCAGCGAUUGAAUGCGGAACGCCCUUCAACAUUAUUGAACAUAGAACAAGUGCACACGGUUUCCGCUCAUCAUCAUAAUAUGAAUUCACCUUUAUUAAGCCCUAGUGGUAGCAGCCCUGGUAGCGGUGCUAUCUCACCCUCGUUUCUACCAGAAAUGCCGCAGUGGAAACGUGACCUUAUACAAAGGCGUAAACAAAACGUUGUGCGUACAUUGAAUGCCUGUUCGCCUACCGGUACUGGUAUUGGUGCUAACUCCAUGGUUAGUGCAGUCGCUGCGGACGGUUUCAACACAUCUAUAUUUUCAUCAUCGCGUUCAUUUGCCGGCAGUAGUAAUAAUUUAAGCAACAAUCUCUCUGCUUCCGCAGAUUUUAACAUUAAAUCACCAACAAGACUGUCUAAAGUAAAUAAACAUCAAACAGAACAACAGCAACAACAAGAAAAAGUAGAAGAAGAAGAAGAAGAAGAACAACAACAACAACAACAACAACAACAUAAUAUGUCCACAUCUUUCAAAAUGCCGGCAACAUCGCCUGUAAAAGAAAAGUCUGAAAAAUUGUUUGGAGGUCAAUAUACAGCAACAAUAACAGCAACAACAACAACAACAACAAUAACUGCCAAAGAAAUUAAUAAGCAUGAUUAUUAUGAUGAUCAUUCUUCUUAUCAAGAGGCUAAGCAAAAAGUAGAUCGCUCGGGUGUAGCAGGAAUGGAGCAACAGAAAUUGAAGCCAAAGCCUCAAAAAUCAUGUAAUAAAACCAAAGAGCAACAACAACAACAACAACAACAACAACAACUAGAAUAUAAUGUGCUAAGUAAAGCAGAAGAGCUGAGGCAAGAAAAAGAAACAGAAGAGGAAGACUAUAGUCAAGAAUUAAAAAUUGAAGAUAAUAAUGACGAACAUUUAGUAAAACCAACUCGUUUAACGGGUUCUUUUAUACAACAACAACAGCAAUCGUUAAAAAUAAAGAGAACACAAGAGCCGAGAGAGUGCGGUAUAAAGGCAAGAGAGCCGCCUUCGUGUGAGCAUAACAGUGUAAAUAUGCAUAAAAAUGUCAAGAGCGGUGGUGCUAAUGUAAGUACAACAAAUUUACCAGUGGCAGCAAAUCAGUUGUCGAUUAAAUGUGAGAGUGAGCGUGUGUCGACCGGAAAAAUUUCAAAUAAAUUGCAACAAAAUAAAUUUAUAAAAAACGAACAGCAAAAAACAGCUGCAGUUGCAGCCUCACAUAGUGGUGGCACUGAUCCAUCUUUUAAUAAUAGUUCAAUAUUAAAUAAAGGGAAAUAUAUUAAAUUUAAAACGACAACAACAACAACGUCAAUUAAUAAUACUACCGUUGCUGGUUGCAAAGAAACUGGUUCCCCCACCAAGUCUUUGUCUGUUGCUGCCACUGCUGCUGCUGCCUCAUCCUUAAAUAAAAAGAAAAUGGUGGCCGUACAAGAAAUGAAAAAGACGACAACACAAAAUUCUACUCAUUUACAACCGAUCUCUGCCACCUCUUGUACAACUACUAACAAUCGUACAGCGACAACAACAACAGCAACAACAGCAUCAACAUCUCCCGAAAAUUCCACAGAUUUAGAUAAUUCUGAAGAUUUAAUUUAUGGCCCAGGAAUUGUAUCCAAAUUACGAUGCCGUUACCUAAGUUUGGCUUUGCGUGAGACAAUGAAACAACAAAGAUUGAAUAAAGAUCAAUUGAGGCGUUCAACAAGUUUAAAUAAUCUAUUGGAUAAAGACGAUGAGCUAGAGGGUCAAGAUGAUGAUGUAGAAUUAGAGGAGAUAGGAGAAUCGGUAGAUGGUGAAGUUGUCGAACAAAACAUAGAGAAUGGCAAUGGCGAACGUUACGAAAAUAAAUCAACCGAAUUGCUUACGACUGUUCAAAAAUCUUCAGCAGGUAUCCUAAAAGUUCAAGCUCAUCUCUCAACAAAAAGUUGUCCUAAAUAUUUAAGCGGUAAUACCAGCGCGCGCAUUAUAACUCAAGCUCCUGGACAGGGUGCAAUGGGUGUUGGUGUUACUUUUACUGAGACUUCAGUAAUAAAUAGAUCGCGUCAUUUGAAACGGGGUAAUGAUUCGAUGAAACGCGCUCGUUCUGUUGAGGCAUUGCUAAGUGAAAAGAGUCCUUGGCAAUUACAGCAACAACGUACCGUAACCGCGCAAUCAAGUGUAACCAUAGAGGAUAAGAUACACAAUGCCCGGGAACGUUUACAUCAGGGAACUGAUCAUUUGCCGCCCAAACGUUUAACAUCGAUUAUCGAUGACACUGAACGACCACCGCCGGAUUUAGUAAAACAAACCCUCAAAAUGUUUGAGGCUUCAGCUAAUCGUAGGCCUCGCCUUGUCAAUCGCAUGAAUAGCAAAGGUGAGGUAGCUAGUAAGGUGGAAACGUUUAAAAAUUUUAUAAAGGAACAAAAACCUAUAAUUAACUUUCCCAAACCACAAGGUGCGGUAAAUAGUCCCACAAAGAACAUAAAAACACCUCCAAUGCCGCUAACUAAGCCGAUGAAAACAUUAACUCAAGAUAUUCAAGUAACAGCGUCAUCGCGAAAAAUAAUACCAUUGAACACAGAGGGUUGUCAUACACCGGCAAACACUUCUACAAUUCACCCACCAACUCCCCCAGCAAAACCUCAACAUAAUAAGACAAUAUUAUCAGAAUCUACAUCGGAUAUAACGCCACCAGCACGUCAUAAAACUGCUCAUAAAGGUGGAGAGUUAAAAGAAAAGUUUACUUCACCACUAAGCGUGGUGGAUUCGCCGUUAACUGCUCUCAAUAAAGAGUUUGCAAAAUUAACCGUCAACGAUAAUCAAACGCUAACAACAAAACUAUCUGACGCCGACGUAUCGAAAGCCGUAGCUGCUAACGUUCAUAAUAAUAAAAAAAGUUUUGUAGGUGGUGUGGAGGCAGGUGGUGAUAACGGCGGCGGUGGUGGUGGCGGUGACGCAUACCAAAACAAACAUGAAAACAAUGACAAAGACUUUAAGGUAGCAAAGUCGAGUGAAAUAACUGCUAAAGUCGACGCGAGCGUUAAGAUCGAUUUCAGUAAUGCUCAGCACGAUAAUGACGACAAAGUUUACGUGUCGAUCGUUGCUGCUGGUGGGACUAGUCAAUCAGUAGUAAAUGUUUCCUCGUUAGUUGCUAAAGAAGGUUUAAAGUCGCAUAAACACUCUGGUGAACGCGAUAGUGAUAACGAUAGUGACACUCAACAAAAACGAGACCUACUCGAGGAACGCGAUCGAUCAGACGAGGACGAAGCGUACGGUGGUCAUAAAAGACGCAUAACAAGAGCCGCUUUGGAUAAUAUUGCUCGCGCUGGUACCACGCAACAAUUUAUGUUUGCUUCAGCAAACUCUUCUCCGUCAUCAUCAACUUCUUCGUCCACUUCUACUACGACUGCCACCGGUAAACAAGUGGGAGUAAUACGUCCUUUAUUAAAUACCAAUUGUCAACAGCAACAGCAACAGCAGCAGCAACAGCAGCAGCAACAACAACAACAACAACAACAACAGCAGCAGCAGCAAAAAGCAGAUACACCUCAAAUCAUGGACUCAUUAAGGCAUUGCUCUACGCCAACCUUAACCAGUCGAGAAAUUGAAAAAAAUCGCAUUAAUGAAUUAAAGAAAACAUCGGCUGCCACGAAUUUGUCAUCUAAUGCUAGCGCUACUAGUCUUGAUGUGGUUAUUAACAACCGCUCAUCAUCAUCAUCUUCCGUUGCUGUUGCUGUUACGUCGUCGACAAUUUCACCUUCAGCUUCAACGACUUCAAUUAAUUCAAUUUCGAAUACCAAUAACACCUCAAGUCUCGCUACCGCUUUUAGUGAUAACGAUACAGUGAUUAGUGCUACAAACAGUCCUUUAUGGGCAAUGCGUAAACGUCGCCAGACGCCACCAGCUGCCCCUGCGGAAAAUACUACAAUGAUUUUCAACUUUAGUAACCGCAAGGAGGUUCCAGAUUAUUUGGAAAAUGAUGGCGUCAUAUUUAGACGUAGACGUGAACUGCCAAAGCCAAACGAGUCGGGUUUUGUUAUGUUGGGUGAUCUCUCAGUGGAGACAUCAACUGAUAUGGAUUAUGAUGAUUUUACCAUGUGUCCACCGUCACCAUGUGAUGUUGAAUUUGUUAAUGCAAAUAUUGUGAUUGACGGAAAGUCCAGUAUACGACAAAAGCCCAAAGAAGCAUCGUUCCGUGUUCAAUUUAAUGAUACUCUAACCUCGACUUUUGAAUAUCCAUCCGAAGCGUCGUUAAUAUUAGAUGAAUCUUUUCUAAACGAUAGCAGCAAUUAUUGCCUUCAACACGACGAUGUUGGUAACAGCGGCCCCAGCAGUAGUCUUAGCGGUGGCUGUAGCGUUGAUAGGGAAGAAUUCACAAAUGCUUAUCAAAAUCUGCAUUUGGAUAAUAGUUUGUCGACUACAGAUUUAAUACAAAUGCAACAGCAACAGCAACAGCAGCAUCAAGAACAUGAACAAAGACAGCAACACCAUCAUCAUGUUGCUGUGGAUGAAAUUAUACAAUUGCCGACAACACCCGGUAACUUUUCUACGGCAACAUCCACAUCACCGUCCCCAGUGGCCAAUAAUACCAACAGCAAAAGCGAUACAACCGUUGCACCCGGUGCAACAAAGUGUAUAUUGGGCAAUUUACCAUUAGGUUCAGCACAACUUAGCUUCUACACGCCUAUAAAAGCUCCUUUAGAUAAACAUUUUCAAUUGGGUAUAACUCGAGCACCGUUGUUAGGCAGCAGCAGCAGUAGCAGCAGCAGCAGCAGCAGCAGCAACAGCAGUCAUACUAAGAAAGAUAAGAGAGAGUCGGAUUCGAGUGCUAGCACAUCAACCACGACCACCACCACCACCACCACCAACAGUGCCACCGCAACAAACUGUGACGGUUUUAAUAAUUUAUUGAUAAAUGGCGUAAACGGUGGCGGCAGUAUUGUGGGUAUCACCGAUGGUUUAAACUAUGAGAAUAAUGAUGCAGCAAAUGGCGAGCAACGUAGAGGCGACGAUCAACCAGAUAGUUUGCCAUUUAUUAAACCAGCUGAUGAUGAUCUCAACGUAGCUUAUAGUGAAGGAACUCAGAAAACAGAUUUAUUAUAUUGAACUUAAAAGCAGCGGCAAACACGCUUCAAGUUUGUCUUGUAAAAGGAAAUCUUCUGGAAAAAAGUGGAAAGGAAAAAAAAAAAUAAAAAAAAUAAAAAACAUUGCUUAAAUAAUUAUCCGCUUAUUUUUAUAUAUUUUCUAAAAACAUAUUUGCUACAUGUAUUAUGUAUGUGAUCGUGCUUUAUUCCGAUUUAUAUUUUAAAGGCACUUUUUUUUUCUCUUUGAUUUUCUAUUUUCGAAUAUUUUAUUGAAAAAUCGAAAACAAAUCUAUUUUAUAGUAAUGUUUCAUCUUAAACUGAAAAUAAAUUUAAAAAAAAAGAGCUUAAAAAUUUGAGAAAAAAGCAAAAGAAAUCAAUUUCCGAAGCAUGAUAAUGAAAAUAUCAAAUAUAUUUAGUGUUAUCAAAACCCUAUAUUAUACAUAGAAAAAGAAAACAACAAUUUUUGUCAAACGAUUGCAUUUAUUUAUAUAAAAAGAAAGAAAAAACUUGUGU